AUGGCAGAGAUUGAGGAUGGUUACGAGCAGCAGCAGCGUCGCAUGAGAGUGCCAAUGCUGACCACCUCCUCCGAUCAGGCCGUCGCCACUGCCAAGCAAAUCCAGGCUUUGGAUUCUCCUCGCUCCAGGCUCACGAUCGUCGCAAAGGCACUGGCUGGCGAGGCACUUGGAACUUUUCUCCUCGUCUUCACCAUCGCGGCUUUGACAGCAGUGAACGAGGGAACUCCCGGAGGAAUUGGGCUGCUAAGCUUCGCAAUGGCGGCCUCGUUCUGCGUCACGGUGAUCAUCCUCACCAUCGGCCACACCUCGGGUGCUCACAUCAACCCUUCCAUCACCGUGGGAUUCGCAGCCGCCGGGAGAUUCCCAUGGUCUCAAGUGCCCUUCUACAUGGUUUCUCAGAUCACUGGCUCCGUGCUGGCAAUCCUGGCGGCGAAAUGGGUCUACAGCUUCCCGGAGAGCGACUUUGCCGUGACCCAGCCUCGAUCUGGGCCAUGGCAAUCGCUUGUUCUUGAGACCGCCAUGUCCUUCGUUGUCAUGUUCCUGUCGGGCAACGCAGCUGCAAUGGCUGUCCCAGCCGCGAUCGGGCUGAGCGUUAUGGUCGCUGGGCCAAUUUCUGGAGGAUCACUCAACCCAGCUCGCUCUCUGGGACCGGCAAUCGUUUCCAGAAACUUCAAAGCGAUUUGGAUCUACAUUGCAGGGCCUUUCCUGGGAUGUGUAACUGCAGGCAUAGCUCACAGUCCAGUUUUGGAAGGCAAAGAAGAUUCUCAAAAUUCCAUGUAA